GUUUAGUUUCUUCAUGACUUUUGAUGGGGCAAGUUGAUAAAUUCUUGAAUAAUUUUUGCGUAAUCGAUGUUAUUCAAAUCUUGCGGAUAAUUUUUGCGUGAAUUCAUGAUAAAGCUAGACGUUGUAUGUCAUAACAAAAAUAUUUUUUUUUUAUAAAUAACACAAAAAAUUGAAAAAUAAUCAAAAUAAAAUUGCAAAGCAAAUAGUGAAUAGAAGUAAUAGUGAAAAUAAAUUCAAAUGGAAAUCAGAUCAAAAAUUCGAAAGAAAAAGAAAUUAAAUUAAAUAUUUAUUAGUGAAUGAUAAAAUAAUUAUUCAGUGCCUUUUAAUUAAAAACAACAAAAUAUUUUAUGAGCGUAAAAGAGUUAAAUAAAUAAAUAAUAAAAAUCGAGUCUAUAUGGUAAUGGCAGAGAUUCAAGGUGGCCCAAUGGCACACCAUCAACAAUUAUCAAUGCAUCAUCAUCGAGGAAUUCAACCGUCUCUAGUCAUGAAUCAUCACGUGGAUAUUGAUUGUCAUCAAACUGGAAUUGAAAUUCAUCCGGCAAAUAUAAAGAAGCAACGAAUGUCCUUAUGUGUUGGCUGCGGAGUUCAAAUUCAUGACCAAUAUAUCCUCCGAGUAGCACCAGAUCUCGAAUGGCAUGCAGCAUGCCUAAAGUGCCAAGAAUGUCGUCAAUUUCUAGAUGAAAGUUGUACUUGUUUUGUUCGUGAUGGAAAAACUUAUUGCAAACGAGAUUAUGUUAGAUUAUUUGGUACCAAAUGUGAUAAAUGUGGGAAUUCAUUUAGCAAAAACGAUUUUGUGAUGCGCGCUAAAACGAAAAUUUAUCAUAUAGAAUGUUUUCGAUGCUCAGCAUGUUCUAGACAAUUGAUUCCAGGUGACGAGUUUGCUUUAAGAGACGGCGAUUCGCUUUAUUGUAAGGAUGAUCAUGACGUACUUGAAAAGUCAACGCAAACAAAUAUAAAUUCAAUAGAACACAAUAAUAAUAAUGCAUUACUGAAUAAUAAUAAUAACAACACCAUUAGCACGAUAAAUAGCAAUUCGAAUCACAAUUCUACCACGUUAAGCAAUAGCAACAAUCACUCAAGUGAACUUGGCUCAUUGUCAGAAUCAGAAAGUGAAAGUGGAUCUCACAAAAGUGUACGAAAACCCUCAGGACCUUCAGAUGGCAAGCCAACAAGAGUGAGAACAGUUCUAAAUGAAAAGCAACUUCAUACCUUAAGAACAUGUUAUGGUCAAAAUGCAAGACCAGAUGCUUUGAUGAAGGAACAAUUAGUUGAGAUGACAGGUCUUUCACCCAGAGUGAUACGAGUAUGGUUUCAAAAUAAAAGAUGUAAAGAUAAAAAGAAAGCAAUUCAAAUGAAAAUGCAAAUGCAACAGGAAAAGGAAGGCAGAAAAAUGGGAUAUGGAUCUAUGCAAGGGAUUCCGAUGGUAGCAAGUUCUCCAGUACGUCAUGAUUCACCUUUAAAUCUCCAUGGGCUUGAUGUUACAUCAUAUCAGCCACCGUGGAAAGCACUUUCUGAUUUUGCUCUACAUGCCGAUCUCGACGGUAGCAAUGGUUCAAUGAAUCACACACCUGCAUUUCAACAUUUAGUUAAUCAGAUGCAUGGUUAUGAUAUGUCUAUGGGUAUGCCUCAUGGACCACUGCCACCGUCCCAACUGAAUCAAAUUACUCCUAUAGAUCCAAACACACAUCACCAUCCUGAUAGCACAGACUCAUAUGUAACAUACCUUGAGAGUGAUGAAAGUAUGCAAAAUAGUCCUUAAUGAUAAUUUUUCGUAUCAGUUUUAUACAUAAAAUGCCUUUUAAUAAAUACUAAAUUCUUUUUAUAUACUUUAAAUGUUUCUAUAUAACAUCCAAAAUUCAUGACUUUAUAUCUUCACACAUAGAUCAAUUUUGUUCCAUUUCCCUUGAAACUUUUAUUCAAUCAAUAGUUUUUUCAAUAUAUUUUUCAAACAAGCUUCAUUGAAAACAGACGAACAUGGAAAAAAAUGAAAAAGAAUUUUCUUUGUUGUUGAAUUAAGGUCAUUGUACAUUUUCAUUUAUUUAAAAAUUUGUUCUAAAUACAGGAAACUGAAAGAUUCAAGAAAAUUUAAAUUUAAAGUCUUUACCGCAAAAGUAUUUGAACAAUCAAGAAAAUUUUAUAUCCGCAAGAUAAUGAUAAAUAAUUGUGUCGAGUGAGGACUUAAUUUUAUUAUGUGUCUUUGUUUUAAAUGUAUUUAUAAAAGAUUCAUUUUUCUAUCACUGCGAAUAAUUUAAAACUGACAAGAAAAUCAUCAAUGUCUAAUUUUAAUAUAUUUUAAUUGGAUUUCGAUAAUGAGAUAAACAUACACAAUUGUAAAAUCAUCAAUGUAUAUAAAAGAUAUGAAAAAAUCUAAUAAAUUAAAAGUAAUAAACAAUUUAUAAAUUUUAUAAUUUUUGUUCAAACUUUUAAUUUUACCAUUUUCAGGCUCAAGUUCAAAAUGUUAAUAAGAUGUUCAUAAUGUAGUUCAUCAAAAUAUAGCCAUCCCCACUCUGUCACAAAAAUUUCUAAGAACGUAAUAAGGUUUUCCCUCCAGGCUUCCCUCUUUAAAAUGUAGAUAUCAUUUAUGAAUUAUCUCUAAAUAUAAUUUAACAUGCCAAUCAAGAUUUAUAGAUCAAAACAUUCAUUUUUCUCAAAAUUUU